AUGGAUUCGGUCGAUUGUGAUUCCAGAUGCGAAUAUUCCGAAGUGGAGCGUGCCAAAGAGGGUGAGCUGGGCGGCAGCAAGGAGGAGAUAGGCGCCGUCAGAGGCGCCUACGAUCACGGCCUGGAAGUUGAUGCACGCAACAAGAAGCAAGUUGUUCAGAACAAAACAGAGGAGAAUAAGCUUAACUUCCCCCUUACCAAUGCAAGCAUGCAUGUUAUUCGUAUUCUGGUACAUUCUGAGGCAGAGGAGGACACCAAUGAGGUUCAGGGCCAUUGUGUAGGGCGCAUCGACCUGGAUGCCUAG